AUGCCUAGAGUAAGUUCUGAUACCACUAAAAGGCUGCAGAAAGAACCAUCAUGUAUCAGGAAUAUUUGUAUCCUUGCUCAUGUCGAUCAUGGUAAAACCUCCCUGUCGGAUUCUUUGUUAGCGUCAAAUGGUAUAGUUUCACAGAGAUUAGCUGGGAAGGUUAGGUAUUUGGAUGCCAGACCAGAUGAACAAUUAAGAGGUAUUACAAUGGAAUCAAGUGCUAUUUCACUGUAUUUUAGGGUACUACACAAGCAAGAAGGGAGAGAUGAACCUCUGGUUGAUGAACAUCUAAUCAAUUUGAUUGAUUCUCCAGGGCAUAUUGAUUUUUCUAGUGAAGUCAGUGCGGCUUCAAAACUAUGUGACGGUGCUGUGGUUCUGGUUGAUGUUGUUGAAGGUGUUUGUUCUCAGACUGUUACAGUUUUGAGACAGUGUUGGACAGAGAAAUUGAAGCCAGUUUUGGUUCUGAACAAAAUUGACAGACUUAUCACAGAGUUGCAACUUACUCCGCAAGAAGCAUAUAAGCAUUUGUCGAAAAUAAUUGAGAAUGUAAAUUCAGUUAUUGGUUCAUUUUUUGCUGGAGACAGACUAUUAGAUGACCUUUCAUGGAGAGAGCAGCUGGAGAACAAUGCAAAUGCCGAAUUUGUUGAUAAAGACGACACUGAUUUAUAUUUUGAGCCUUCUAAGAAUAAUGUUAUCUUUGCAUCUGCUAUAGAUGGAUGGGGAUUUAAUGUAGGAACUUUUGCUAAGAUCUUCGAGCAGAAGUUGGGUGCUAAGAGAGAAAACUUACAGAAGGUUUUGUGGGGAGACUACUACAUUGAUCCCAAGACUAAAAAGUUCAUAAAUAACAAGGGUCUGAAGGGUAGGGCUUUAAAGCCUUUGUUUGUUUCCUUAGUAUUGGAAAAUAUCUGGAAAAUAUAUGAGUAUGUUUUCACGACGCAUGAUGCCCAGAUGCUGGAGAAGAUCACCAGUUCUCUAAAUAUCAAAGUAUCACCAAGGGAUCUGAGAUCCAAGGACUAUAAAAACCUUUUGAAGACAAUUAUGGGGCAAUGGCUACCGGUUAGCACUGCAGUUCUAUACACAGUAGUGUCGCUGCUUCCAUCUCCUUUGGAAUCCCAAAAGGUCAGGUUAGAAGCCAUUUUGGGUGAAUCUCAGGACACGCAAAACAUAGACACUGCUCUAAUCUCUGCUAUAGAAAACUGCGAUAGCGAGGGCCCUGUUUGUGCAUAUGUUUCUAAGAUGUUAUCGAUCCCCAACGAGGAAUUGCCAACCGAUAACAGCGGCCUUGUAUCCAACGAGUUCAUGGAACGGACUCAACGAGCAAGGAAAGAGGCAUUGAAAGCGGCCAAAGCGGCCGAGUUAGCAGAAUCCUUUUCCAAAAUGGGAGUUGUUGACAAAGACGACUUAUACACUAGGUCCAUUGACACCACUGUAACUCCGGAAAUAGAAGAAGAAGGAUUAAAACGGAAAAUGAAGAGUAAAUUUGCAAAGGGAGCUAGUAAUAAUCAUUUCAACGCAGAUUUAACUACUGCAGCUGCUACAGAAGAUCCUCAGUAUGAAGAGGAGGAGGAGGAGAACGUUCCUCAUGCCUUAGCAGAUUUUGUCCCCGAAGACAUUGACCCUAACGAUCCGAUGGCGGCAAUGUUUGAAUAUGAAGAGGAAGAUCCAUUUAAGAACAAAUAUGAAGAAGGGGAUCAAGAGGACGAGGGAGAAGAGCAAGAGCAAGAGCAAGAGCAAGAGCAAAAUGAUGAAACAAUUAUAGGGUUUGCUAGAUUGUAUAGUGGUACAUUAAGGGUAGGUCAGGAGAUAGCCGUUUUAGGGCCUAAAUAUAACCCUGUGAAACCUAAUGAGCAUGUCCAAAAAACCACAAUUAGGGCCCUUUACCUAUUUAUGGGUAAAGAGUUGGUCUCAUUAGACGUCUGUCCGUCAGGUAAUAUUGUUGGUAUUGGGGGCCUUGCCGGUAAGGUACUGAAGAAUGGAACCCUGCUCGCUUCUGAUACUCGAGGCGUUAACUUAGCUACUGUAAACGUCAAUCACACCCCAAUUGUGCGUGUAGCUUUAGAACCAGUAAGACCAACAGAGAUGGAUAAACUAGUAAAUGGUUUACGACUGUUAAAUCAGGCUGACCCAUGUGUCGAAACCUACGUUGAAGAAACAGGUGAGCAUAUUUUAUGCACCGCAGGUGAAUUACAUCUAGAAAGAUGUCUGAAAGAUUUAAGAGAGAGAUUCGCAGGAAUUGAGAUAUCCAGCUCUUCGCCGGUAAUUCCUUACAAAGAAACGAUUUUGAAGACGUCAAAUAUGAACCCACCUUCGAACCCAACGCUAGGCAGAGGUGUAACUGAGGUAACACUGGGCAGUUGGAGUUUAAAAUUUAGAUGUGUCCCUUUGCCCUCUGACGUCACCCAAUUCUUAAUUGACCACCACGUCACCAUCCAGGCACUUGUAGGCGAGAAAACGAUGAAAGACGACCCCGCAGUUGACACGACGAAAUUUAUUGAGCGGCUGCAGCAGGGAUUUGGCGCCGAUCCCGAUUCUGCUGAAUUAAAGGAUAUGGUCAAAAACAUAUGUGCCUUUGGCCCAAAGAGAACCGGACCCAACAUACUCUUUGCGAAGCACGGUCUGCUGCAGACAUUAACUUCUAUUAGCGCUGAAGGCGGAUCCUUCGAGUUUGAGGACUCCAUUAGGAAUGGAUUCCAGCUAGCCGUAAACAGCGGACCGCUUGCUAAUGAGCCGGUGCAGGGUGUAGCAGUAAUCCUCGAGGAUAUCACGCACUUGAGUGCGGAUGAUUUACAGUCCUCAGAUAUCCCGAACCACCAAACUGAAGUCUUCGAUUUUUCCGGCAGGCUCAUCAUCACAACAAGAGAUGCAAUCCAUCAUUCGUUCCUAGAUUGGUCACCUCGGCUAAUGUGGGCAAUGUACUCCUCAGAAAUUCAGUCUUCCGCGGAAGUAUUGGGUAAGGUUUACGCUGUCGUCCAACAACGCAGUGGCAGAAUCAUAUCAGAGGAACUAAAAGAAGGAACUCCAUUUUUCCAAAUUAUAGCAAGAAUUCCUGUCAUCGAGGCAUUCGGCUUCAGCGAAGAUAUCAGAAAAAAGUCUUCUGGAGCUGCUCAACCUCAGCUAGUUUUCUCGGGCUUUGAAUGUAUCGAUAUGGAUCCUUUCUGGGUUCCUACUACGAUUGAUGAAUUAGAAGAGCUCGGUGACACGGCCGAUAGAGAAAAUAUAGCAAGAAGACAUAUGAAUAAUAUAAGAAGAAGGAAAGGAUUGUUUAUAGAGGAGAAGGUAGUCGCAAAAGCAGAGAAGCAAAGGACCCUAAAACGAAACUGA